AAUACCCACUAGAACAUCGAUCAGUGCAAGGACCAAUCACCUCGCUUGAGGAUGAGCGCCUCCUACCGUUUCCUAGUGAGGUGUCUCUUGGCGAUGGUGCUCGCCCUGGGCCUGCUCGGAAGGCCGUCUGAGUGCGCGCGCGCUUUCUUCGUGUUCGGCGACUCGCUGGUGGACAGCGGCAACAACAACUACCUGAUGACCACGGCGCGCGCCGACUCGCCGCCGUACGGGAUCGACUACCCGACGCACCGCGCCACCGGCCGGUUCUCCAACGGCCUCAACAUCCCCGACAUCAUCAGCGAGCACCUCGGCGCCGAGCCCACGCUGCCGUAUUUGAGCCCCGAGCUGCGUGGCAACAAGCUGCUCGUCGGCGCCAACUUCGCCUCGGCCGGCGUCGGGAUCCUCAACGACACCGGCAUCCAGUUUGUGGACAUCAUCAGGAUAGGAAGGCAGCUGAAGUACUUCGGCGAGUACCAGGGCAAGCUGCGCGCACUGGUGGGCGCGGCCCGGGCGCGGCAGGUGGUGCGCCGGGCGCUGGUUCUCAUCACCCUCGGCGGCAACGACUUCGUGAACAACUACUACCUCAUCCCCUUCUCCCUGCGCUCCCGCCAGUUCUCGCUGCCCGACUACGUCCGCUACCUCGUCUCCGAGUACAAGAAGAUCCUCAUCAGGCUGUACACGAUGGGGUGCCGUCGCGUGCUGGUGACGGGCACGGGCCCGCUGGGCUGCGCGCCGGCGAUCCUGGCGGAGCGCAGCCGCAACGGCGAGUGCGCGGUGGAGCUGAUGCGAGCGGCGUCGCUCUUCAACCCGCAGCUGUCUCGCGCGCUGGAGCAGCUCAACGCCCGGUUCGGCGCGGGGACGUUCAUCGCGGCGAACGCGUUCCGCGUGCACUUCGACUUCGUCAGCGACCCCGCCGCCUACGGGUUCACGACGGCGAAGGAGGCGUGCUGCGGGCAGGGCCCCCACAACGGGCUGGGGCUGUGCACGGCGGCGUCGAACAUGUGCGGCGACCGGGGCAAGUACGUGUUCUGGGACGCGUACCACCCCACGGAGCGCGCCAACCGGGUGAUCGUGAGCCAGUUCAUGACGGGCUCCCUCGACUACGUCAGCCCCAUGAACCUCAGCACCGUCCUCGAGAUGGACGCCAGAUUGGCCGGAAUGGCCUGAAAAAUUGAACCCGGCGAGCGAGCAGCUGCAUACAUGUGUAUCAGUGUUGGUGAUUGGUACGUUGAGGAGCUUCGUGUAGGAGGAGGAUUGGAUGAUGUCGUGUUAACGAGAGAGAGAGAGAGAGUAUGCGUAUAGAAGAACUGGAAGCGCGAAUCGAAAAUAAUCUCUAUGAUUUAAAACAGAACCAGUGGUUAUCGAUCGCACGGUAUAUACAUACACCUAACACAACUCAGCUUAAGAUCUCGACGAAC